AUGGUCAACGCUAUUACUCUCCUGGCUCUUGCCAGCCCGGCCUUUGCUGGUGUGAUGCAGGCUCGCGGCGAGGAGUUCAUCCGCCCUAUUGCUGAGAGCAAGUCCGUUGCUGAGAGCAAGGCCGUGUCUUGGUCUCACUCUGCUGAGGGUGGUCACUCGUGGACUACCCCCUGCACCACCUCGACUAGCACUAGCUCUACCCCCACCUCGACUCACCACUCCACCACCCCGUGCACCACGUCUACCAAGACUACCCCGACUCACCACAGCACCACCACUCCGUGCACCACUUCUUCCAAGCCCCCUCACACUCCUGUGAAGCCUGGUACUACCAAGACCAUUACUAUUGUGACCACGACCUGCCCUGUCACCUCGUCGACCGUCACCUCCGGUACCUCCACCUGGACUGUCCCGGUCACUCAGACCAGCACCAUCACUCUCACCAAGACCACUGUCUGCACCCUGUGUGAGAACGAGAAGCCCGUCACCUUCCACAACGCUACUUCCGUCGCAACCCAGGGCCCCACUGCCCCCGUUGUGCAGACCACUCCCGUUGUGCAGACCACUCCUGUUGUUGUGCCUCCCCAGUCUACUCAGCCUGCUGUCUCCCAGCCCGCUGAGUCCCAGCCCGCUGCCUCCCAGCCUGCUGUCUCCCAGCCCGCUGAGUCCCAGCCCGCUGCCUCCCAGCCUGCUGCUUCCCAGCCCGCUGCUUCCCAGCCCGCCGCCUCCCAGCCCGCCGAGUCCCAGCCCGCCGCUUCUCAGCCCGCCGCUUCUCAGCCCGCUGAGUCCCAGCCCGCCGCCUCCCAGCCUGCCGAGUCCCAGCCCGCUGCUUCUCAGCCUGCCGAGUCUCAGCCCGCUGCUUCUCAGCCCGCCGAGUCCCAGCCGGCCGAGUCCCAGCCCGCUGCCCAGCCCUCUACCCCCGCCGAGUCUCAGCCCAGCUCAUCUAGCGUCCCCUUCACUGGUGCCGCUUCCAGCGUCAAGCCUGCUGCUGGCCUGCUGGCUGGUAUUGUCGGCAUGAUGGCUCUUCUGUAA